AUGGCGGGCCAGGUCCUCCAGGCCAACCUCAACCGCGCCCGCCGGGCUCAGGAUCUUUUCCUCCAGAGCCUGGCGGAGCGCGGUUACGCGUUGGGGAUCGCGGCGGAGCCCUUCAGGCCCCCCGCGGACAGCCCCAGUUGGGCCGUCGGCGGGGGGGGCCUCGUCGCGAUCGUGCGCGGCGACGCCGCGGGCUCCCCUCCCCUCCGAGUGUUGGAGGUCGGGGGGGAGUUCGUGGCGGCGCAGUGGGGAGGCAUCACCGUGGUCGGGGUCUACGUGUCCCCGAGCCUGAGUCUCGCCGAGUACGACGGGUUCCUGGACAGGCUGGGGGGGUGCAUAGUUCAGCACCCCCGCGGCCUGCUGUUGGUCGCCGGGGACUUCAACGCGAAGUCCGCGCUCUGGGGUUCCCGGCGGCCGGACGCGAAGGGCGCGGUGCUGGCGGACUGGGCGGCGGGUCUGGGCCUGCAUUUGUUGAACGUGGGCUCGGACAGCACCUGCGUGCGGUGGGCGGGGGAGUCCGUGGUCGAUCUGACCUGGGCAUCUCCGGCCCUCGCGCGUCGGGUGUCGGGGUGGAGGGUGCUGUCGGGGGUGGAGACGCUGUCAGACCAUAGAUACGUGUCUAUGGUGGUGUCUCCGCCCUCGGGCUCCGCCCCCCGCCAACGGGGGACGGGCGGACCCCGACCGCGGAGAUGGGCGCUCAAGGGGCUGUCUAGCGACAGACUGGUCGCCGCCCUGCUCGCGUCCACGUGGCCGGAGAGGCCGGAGGGCACGGUGGAGGAGGAGGCCGGCUGGCUCGGGGACAUCGUGACGCAGGCGUGCGACUUUGCGAUGCCCCGGGCUGGCCGGCCUCGGCGACGGCCCACUUACUGGUGA